AUGGAAUCUCAGGACGGAAUUUCCGUCCGGCCUAUGAGGCUGAAGGUGCUUUACACAUUCGACGAUGCCAACAAGACAAAUUGUCUGGCCCGGUGGCCUCAUCUUCUCGAUGUCCAGACUGCUGCCCUGGACGAGAAGACACAAAUUGGGGUUAUCGAGCUGAAGACUUGCAUUCAAGCCAUUGUCUCCGCCAGUCCCGAAUUGGUUGCGAAACUGGGACAAGAUUACACCGUUUAUGCCUACGAUUACUCAGAAUAUGAGACGCCUUUGGUUGGACAGGGAAUGUUAUCAUGGGUUCUUGCUUCGGCUUCUCCCACGCCAAAUGCCCCGGCCCAUCAAUCUGAAACCAUGGUCACUGGUCGCGUCUGCAAAAAUGUGCUGGGAUUGUUCUCGAAGGGUGCUCAGGAGACACUGGAGGUGAAGUUGCGCUUGGUACCCGUUCCCACGGUCAUGCAGAGUGAAUACCUGGAAAGCAUGCGGAGGUAUCGGGAGUUGAGCACCGUUAUUCCUCACGAAUUCGAUGCGCAAGCGUGGACCAACUUCUUGCGCCAAACCGGGUUGAUGACCCCCUCUAUCACCCAGCAACCGGAACGGACGGAAUCGCCCUUGGACCACUCCGGAAUUGAGCGUUUUCAUCAAUUACUUAGCGAGAGCUCGACGCCAAGGGAAAUUCCACCUGUCUCUGCACAUGGGCCAUAUCGAUCUGUAUCACCUUCGCAGUCCGCCUUGGCAGCUGGAAGCAGAGUAUCCACCCCUGGGGGCCAACGAUCACAAUAUCAGCAGGAGCAACUUUCUCAGCCGAUACAGCAACAGUCACAGCAACCCCGUUUGGACCGCUCGCAGAGUGAUAUCAUUCGUCCGUCUUCUAGCGCUUCUAUGCGUGACUCGGACUUUGCUAUUCAAUCUCGGUAUGCCAGUCGCAGGGGAUCUAUUCAAUCGGGCUACGGUAGCUGCGAGGAAUCUGGAGAGUCCCAACCUCGAAAACGUGCUAAGCUGUAUCGAGCGGAAUGGCCCGGGAAGUCGGACUUCAACAUCGAGAGGCAGCCCAGCUCCCUGCGGGUAGCUGCAAGUACAGCUGCUUCUGUUCGUAUUCACCGCCCCACGCCAAUCAACCCGGCUAUUGCUGCUGCUCAGAGCUCCCAUGAAGAACCGAGCAACCACUACGAGUCUCCGUAUAACGCCAGCGAUGACCAGACUCCCAUUGAAUUCAACACGCAAUCCCCAGAGGAGUCUCGCUACCAAGGUCUUUUCGAGCCUUCAUUCAGCAUGCCGUCCUCGCCCCCUGUCUUGGACUGCAGCUUCCCAACCCGCUCCAGCCCAGUUCUCCCACCUAUGGUCACUGAUCCUGAUUCUGGAUUCAUGAGUGGUGGCGUAGAAGAGCUUUUAGAUGACGACAUCGGCACACCGUUGGAAGAUUACACAAGGCCUGUGACGAAUGACACUGCCAGUGAGAAGCGGAGAGAUCACUCGGCAGUGCAGGCCAGUUCACCUGUUGGCGCUCGCCUGAGCCAGGAGACCCGAAAUGAGAAUGUCCAUGUUGGUGAUGAGUCACAAGGACAGCCUGUGAAGGAAUCAGCACCUGUACCUCCCCGUGCACCAGCUAGCGCUGCAGGCUCGAGGCCGUCUUCACGCGCAAGCUUUAGACAGGCUCCUAAGCCUCUGGCCCCUGCUCCUAUGUCCCAGAGUGAAAUAGAGCAGCUGAUAAGCGCAAUUCCCGCAAGUGACCCCGUCAUGCCAUCGCAACCUCAAGGCCAGAAUACCGCUUGGGCUGCUGGCCCAAUGAGUGAUUUCACCGCUGCAGAGACCCCUGCCCCGCAACGAGUAGCAGAGGACGGUAAAGUCCGCAGUGGGGCGGGUGCGAGAAGAUUAAGACAGGUUCAGGCUCGCCUUGAUAAGUGCAUUCGCGAUGGGCAGGUUCCCCCUUACUGUGAGAACUGUGGCGCGAUCGAAACACCCACGUGGCGUAGGGCCUGGUCCAAGGAAAUCAUUGGGAAUGAGCAAGAGGCCGAUGUGAUGAAGAAGGAUUCGGGCAUGUUGUUUUGGCAGUCUCUGGAGCGGGAUGAUCAAGACAAAGUUACCAAAUUCAAGAUCUACAAGAAGAGUCUCGCUGAUGCCGACAAUGACUUUGCUCAAGUCCUUCUUUGCAACCAGAACAAAUGGAACAAGUCUUCAAAUGGCAAGAGGAAGCGUCCCCCUAGGAACCGCAGGGGAGGUGGCCCCCUUUCAACCAAUGGUGCUGCAACCAGGAGCCGAAGCCGAGCCGAAUUGACCAAAGUGGACGGAUCCUCGCCCGUCGCAUCCGAUGCCUCGUCGCCGGCCGCAGAAGACGGCAUAACCCCUCGUGAUGGCAACAAUAAUGAAAACGAGAACGAGGAUGAUUCCCAGGACCCCCCAUCCAAGCGGCGGCGCGCAACCAGCUUGGAGCCCCGGAAGUCAUCGGACACUGCGGGAAGUCGUUGGCAAGAGGACAAUGCGAUCGAGGCCCUCAGGCGAGCUAUCCAGUCUAGUCCUGCUAGGAAUCUCGAGAGUCGUAAUUCUGCCACGGCGGGUGAGAAUAGUCUUACUCCCAAAUCCGUACGGAGAGUUCUGUUUCCUAAUUCGCAGGCUGAGGGCGGCCCUCUGAAAGCUCUAGGCGAGUCGGUUCUAAACAGCCCACGCCGCAGCCCUCGCGUAGCUUCUCACGAGUCUACCAAGCAACCUCAGGACAAAGAGAAUGGCGCUUCUGACCUAGACUGUCUCUUUGAGAGCCCGAGCUUUGAGCUAGACUUGCCUACGAGCCCUACACCACGGCGACGCAAUCCUCGCACCGGCAUUUUGGGUGAAAAAUCGCUUUCGUUUCCGGGUCACUCACCUUCGUCGUCUAAAGUACGGAAGGACGUCAACACAACCCCCACGAAGCUUACCGCGCAACGGCUCCAACGCAUUCAAAAUAGCCCCGGGUCAACGCCACGCCAGGGAAAAACUCCCAAGCAGAUGCGCCUUCACAUGCCUGACUUGCCCUCUCUUCCCGACGAUGCCUUCAGUGCGGAUGCAUUCGACGGGAUGGACAAAGUGAUUGUGGAUAUCUUCUCUGAUGCAGCUUCUGCCACGAACGCUGACUCCUUGUUCGGCUUUGAUCCAAGCAAAUGUCCGUCCAGUAGCAACUGGCCGGAUUGGCUGCCGUCGGACUACGUCUCGCCCAAUGGAUCUGAGGAAGAGCAGAACAACGGAGAUGAUGAUUCUGGUAAUCUCAUCAACGCGCUUCUGUCCAACCCAGACCUUCAUAAAGAAAACCAUUUUGAUAUCUUCAAUCUUGAUCCGAACCUCCUUGAUUCUGGAUUUUUCAGCUCCGAUGCCCUCGAUACCGACGUCAUGGCCCUGAAUGUCAAGGCUAAGCCGGCCGAGGGAUCGAGCCACAAAGAACAAGCACAAAACAAUACGCCUAAUGUUUCAUGA